AUGAGCAGUCCGAAGCGAAGAAUCGAGACAGAUGUGAGUCGGCAAGAAUUCUACGUGCGCUUCAAGGGCCCUGAGGAGACUCCCUUUCAAGGAGGGCAUUGGAAGAUUCACGUCGAACUACCAGAUCAGUACCCGUACAAGAGCCCAAGUAUUGGUUUUGUCAACAGGAUAUUCCACCCCAACAUCGAUGAGCUAUCGGGCUCUGUCUGCUUGGAUGUUAUCAACCAGACCUGGUCGCCGAUGUACGACAUGAUCAACAUUUUCGAAGUCUUCCUCCCGCAACUCCUGCGAUACCCGAAUCCCUCGGACCCGCUAAAUGGGGAGGCCGCGGCCAUGCUGAUGCGGGAACCCAAAAGUUACGAGGCAAAGGUGAAGGAAUACGUGGCCAAAUACGCCAGCAAAGAAGCUGUUGACGACGCUGGGGAAGACACCGAGUCGGAAGAUGAACUCAGCUCCGCUGGAAGCUACGAUUCGGGCGGAGAAGAGCCGGCCGGAACAAUGGACGACGUUUAA